AUGACCUCUCAGACCAUGAGCAAAGGCAAAGCUCUUCUUGAUAAACGUAAAAGGAGAAUGCCACAAUCUGGACUCGCUUUAAGCACGGAGCUGGGUCAGCAAACAUUUGAUCGAAAAAGAAAAGGAGACAUGUCAGAAUCAAAGAAGUUGCUGUUUAGUAUUGACAACAAUGCAAACAGGUGCAGGGAGGUAAUCGAGGAAAUGCAAGAUAUGUUUAACAAUAAAGCAGAAAACAUACGACAGUAUCCGCGCGUAAAAGAUUGGAUGUAUGUAUUCCUAAACUGUUAUUUACGAGAUUUCAUGCUCAGUUUGUCCACUGAGACGCAGUUAGACAUAAUUGAAGUUUUUAAUGAAACAUCGAGGUACAUUGACGAUAUUUUAGAUAUGGAAAACCUAUAUUUUUCAGAAAUGAUGGAACACAUUUAUCCAAAAGAAUUGCAACUUAACAAGGCAAAUACUUCAGAUUUAGAAGCAUCAUUUUUGGACUUUCAUUUAACAAUUUGUCUGGUUAUUCAUUCAUGCCCUUCACAUUGGUGUUGUCACACUGCUUGGAUAGUUUUUCUUGUACAUUACAGGAAGGAGUUGGCAGAAAUAGAAAAGAAGCUGGAGUUCAAACCUGUGGUGAUAGCAGUGAUUGGUAAUAUUGGAGAGGGAAAGUCAAGUUUGAUGAAUGCUAUACUAGAUAAGGGAGAUGUUUUACCGACAUCAGGAAAGGAAUCUUGUACAGCAACUGUCGUUGAAGUUGUCCAGAGUGAGACGGAUUUCUUUGAAGCAGAAAUUGAAUUCCUAAAAGAAGAGGAAUGGUUUGAUGAAUUAAGAAAGCUUUGCAAGGAUCUUACAGAUGAAAACGGUGUUGUUACAAAAACACCACCCGAUCGUAACUCCGGUAUAUACAACUCUUACUGUAAGAUGGUUGCUUUGUAUGGAGAAAUCGACAAGUUUGACAUACUCUCCAAAAAGACAGAGUUAACAGAAUGUCUAGGACAGACAAAACCUAUACGGGCUGCAAAACUUGAAGAAUUCAAAGAGAAAGUAGAAAGCUACGUUGAAACACAGGAGUCAGGUACCGAUCAGUGCUUUUGGCCCAUUGUCAAACGAGUGUGCCUUAAGUUACCCGAAUGUGGCGUAUGUAGCAGUGGUGCGAAAUUGGUUGAUUUACCAGGCUGCGGAGACUCGGAUGAGGCAAGGAAUGCUAUCGCAAAAUCGCAUCUGGACAAAUGUGACCACAUAUGGAUAGUAUCGAGCAUUCACAGGGCUAUCAACGACAGAACGGCGCAACAGCUUCUUGGGGAGCAACAGCGAAGUCAGUUUUACAUGAACGGACAGUUUGAUGCGGUUUCGUUCAUAUGCACAAAGACUGAUUGUGUGAUUGUAUCAGAAUGUCAAAGGGAAUUGAAACAGCUUAAAGGUCUGACCAAAGAACUAAACGAUCAAGUGUUAGAAUUGAACAAACAAAAAGAAGAUAUGUCAAAGGAGAUUAAGGAGUUGACCCUCUCUAUUAAAGAGGAGCAGAAAGAUCUCGACGAAGCAAAGUCAUGUUUAGAGGAUGAACGUUAUCAGGAUGAGGAUGAAUCUGUGCUCUGUGAAAAAGAAGAUUUAGAAAAGGAAGUGAAAAAUAUAGAAAACAGUGUGAAAGAUAAAGAAAACCAAGUUCAUAAUUUAAAUAGUAAGCUACAAAGGUUGGACUAUAAACACAAUGAGAAGAUAAAGGCUAUUAAGGAGAUUUGUGCUAAAGUUAGGAAUGAAUACUGCGAGACCCGUAUAAAAGAACGAUUUGCAUCAAGCUACGAGUUGAGAAAUUUAAAAGAUGCUUGCAAAAGACUAAGGUUUGCAUUAGAAGAUUUGUUGAAGUGUAGUGUUCUAAGAAGGUUUGCGUUAGAAGAUUUGUUAAAGUGUAGUGUUUUAAGAAGGGUUACGUUAGAAGAUGUGUUCAAGUGUAGUGUUCUAAGAAGUUCAGUGGAAUACCAAUUACUCGAACACCCGGAGCCAAACGAUGCUGCUCCAAUGGUGUUCAGUAAUGUGGAUGACACACAAAUUCCGAAGUUGAGAAAUUUUGUGCACGAAAUCACAAGCACAAGGAAGAAAGAGUCACUGACAGACACACUGUCCAGUUUAGAUGGGUUCGUGUCUAGUGUAAAGAGUUACUUAUUGGAUAAAGAAGUUAUGAAAUCAUCUAAACAAAGCUUCACUAUAGAUUCAAAGUUGCAAAAACUCAAGUCGUCAAUGGAUUGCAAUUUGGAAAAGUUGAGAUCAGAUCUCGAUGAUAUCUUUGAUGAAAACCUCAUUGUGAAAUUGAGAGAUGGGGCAUCUGCUGCUACCGAGGAGGCCAACGAGAUAUCUAACAGUUGGGGGGCUCAGGAUGUUGUUUUACAAGAGAUAAAGCAGUUUUUGGAUGAGUUUGUAAUCGAUUUCGCUAUACCAGAGGAUGCUUCUUCCAAACGCUUCAGAGAAACGCUGGAGUGCACUGCGUCCACUAAG